AUGGCCGAAGCAACUUCAAAAAUCGUGCCGCGGGCGCCCAUCCCAGUGACACUCUUGUCGGGCUUCCUAGGCUCCGGCAAGACCACUCUCCUCCAACAUAUCUUGACCUCGCCAAACACCACAUUCAAGGUUGCGGUGGUUGUCAACGACAUGGCUGCCCUCAACAUCGAUGCCCACCUAAUUAAGAAGCAUAUCGUGUCACAAGCAAAUGAGAGUGACAAACUUAUCCAACUGCAGAACGGGUGUAUCUGUUGUACACUCCGAGGUGACCUUCUCGAAGCGCUUGUGUCGAUGGCCAAGGCCGGAGAGGCAGAAUACAUCGUGAUUGAAAGUACAGGCAUCAGCGAGCCGAUGCAGGUCGCUGAGACUUUUACUGAAGAUUUCGCGGACGCUAUGAUUGCUGCUGCUCGCGAGGAGCCCCAAGAAGGAGCUGAUGGCAUGCAAGGGGUUGAGGUCUAUGGCGAGAAAGUGCUGAAGGAGGUCGCGGAAAUGGGUGGCUUGCACAAGCUCGCCAGACUUGAUACGCUGAUUACCAUGGUCGACGCCUUCAAUUUCUUCAACAAUUUCUCGACGACAGAUUUCAUCACCGAGCGCUGGGGUGAUAAAGAUAUAGCGCCUGAGGACGAGCGGACGGUGACAGACCUCAUGGUAGAUCAGAUUGAGUUUGCAAACACAGUCAUCAUCAACAAGGUGGACUGUGUAGAUGAAGAGACGCGCUUGCGGAUUCACGGUGUCGUCAAGAAGCUCAAUCCCUUGGCCAAGAUCUUGGAGUCAAGGUUUGCGCAGGUCAAUAUUGCCGAGGUAUUGGGUACUUCGACCUUCGAUUUCGAGAAGGCUGCGACUGGAAUGGGUUGGCUGCAAAGCUUGCAUGAGAUGUCGAAGCGUGAGAUUGGUGGGAAGAUCCGGAUCGCGCCGAAGCCAGAGACUGAAGAAUACGGCAUUUCGAGCUUCGUCUAUACCAGGAGGAGACCGUUCCACCCGAAAAGACUGUAUGAACUUGUGCAUGACAAGUUUGUGCUGAUGGAGAAUGCUGAGCAAGACAAUGAAGAGGAGGAUGUUGGUGAUGAAGAGAAUCGGGAGGAAGAGACGGAAGGUGGAGAAGCCGAAGCCCACGACAUCCAAGCGUCGUCGGACGGCAGCUCGAAUGACGACGGCGCUGGCAGUGACAGUGAUUCAUGGCAGUCGGUUGAUGAUAAGGACAUUGGCGAUGCCCCCGAUCUGUCCAAACCUGUCGACAAUGAGGUGAGCGAUACACCGUUCCUGCAUGCCGAGAGUUUCUGCCAACACGGCUUCUUUUGGCUUGCCACAAGACCAACCAUGCACGGAGCCUGGAGCCAAGCCGGUGCCAUGUUGACCAUGGAGGGAGGUGACCAGUGGUUUUGCGUACAGGACGAAUCUCAAUGGCCUCCAGAAGCUGCCACCAGAGACCUCAUCCUCAAAGACUUCCAGAAGCCUUGGGGCGACCGAAGACAGGAGAUCGUGUUUAUCGGCGAGAAACUGGAUAAAAAGGGUCUCGAAGCCGAAUUCGAUAGGUGUCUGCUCAAUAAGCAAGAGAUGAAAAAGUGGGAGCGUAUCAUGCGGUUGAGAAAGAGUGCCGAUGUCAUUCAGGAGUAUCUCGACACAGAGUUUGAAGAUGGAUUCGAAGACUGGCCAGAGCCGAUGGCAAUGGGGGAAGACGAUGGGCAGAACCACGUUGGACACAAGCACUAA